GAAUUGCAAACAUUUUAGCGCGAAGUGCUGUAGAUCACGGACGAACCAUCUGAUCUGACCUAGACCUGGAUCUGUGGUGACUUAUAUCAUUGGUCAUAGGGUGUGAAGAGGAAUGCAUAGGUACAUAGAUCUGAGGCCAGACAGAGCACGAAUGUAGAGGCAGAUUGUUCUUAAGAUGCCACUUUUGAACGAUGCUAAAUUGAAGUCGUCAGUAGAAUGCGCUCUGCAGUGUCUGAAGUGUAAAAAAUGUGACACUGUCGUGGAGGAACUAUUUAUUGGUAUUUGCGUCAGCCACGUAUUUUGCAAAGCCUGCAAGGACAACCUUAAAUCUUGUCCUGCGUGUGUGUACCCUGUCAAUAUCAAGAACAAAGACAUCGUUUACGUUGUUGAUGAGGAAGUAUCAAAGCAGCUGAAAGUUUUGGAGAGGCUCUUUCAAUCAAGUGGCACUCUCAUUGAAAAGACCCCUCUCAAGUCUGCUCCUCCAUCUAACAAGGGCAAGAAGAUACCACUGACACCAGCAGCGUCCCCAGCAAAAUCGGAAUGUAGUGUUGCUUCAACUCCAGCUGGUUCACUCAGAGGUAGGAGAAGUUCACUGGGCAGUCCUUUUCCAGACGUCAACAAACGAAACUCCAAAGGAGAAACACUUCUGCAGGUUGCUUGUGUCAAGAAAAAUAUUGAUGAAGUUAAAAGGCUGCUGGAUGCAGGAGCCAAUAGUUGUGUCAGGGACUACAACGGCUGGACGCCUUUGCAUGAAGCUGCUCAGAGCAAUAGAGUUGACAUCGCUCAGUUGUUGCUUGAACGCGGUGCCAGGGUAAAUGCGGCUGGUGGAGAAGAAUAUUUGAGCCCACUGCACGAUGCGGUUUCUGCUGGAUACAAGGAGAUGGUGGAGUUGCUGCUGAUAUUUGGUGCAGACCCUGAUCAGUUGAGCAUCAAAGGAGAGAGUGCCAGGGACAUGACAAAGAACAUGGAAAUCCUUGAACUGCUUGGUUCUUCAGCCAAACAUGUCAAUCUCUGCAGUUCUUCAGAUGGUUGUACGCAAAGUAACCUCUUUGCAGACGGCCGGCCACUGCUGAUCAUGUCGGCUGGCUUGGAUAAAGUUCAGAAAUCUAUGUUGACUGAUUUUGUGAAGACAUUUUCAGGAAAGCUGUCUUCCAAACCAAAUGGAGACGUUAAGGUUGUAGUUGCAAAGGAUGAAAACAACAAAUGUCAGACCUCGACUGCCAUCUUGGCUGGAAUCGCAGCAGGAGCCUGGAUUGUCAGGGCAGAAUGGCUCAGGGUUUCGCUUAAAAAUGGAGAGCUUGGUGACCCAAAGAUCUAUGAACUACAUGGAACAGAAAACAGUUCCAUGGGAAAUGUCUUCCUGCGAGCCAGAACAAAUUCAAUGGAAAUGUUGCCUGGACUGUUUGCUGGGUGCUACUUCUUCUUCAGCAACAUUGAAAACUUUGGGGCUGAUCUGAACAGGGAGAGCGUGAUACAAAUUGUGAAGGUAAUGGGUGGGAGAGUGCUGAGCAGGUCUCCUGACCCUGAAGACAUCGCAGGCGUGAAUGACAUUCCUUUGCACGCUAACCAAUCUGGACCACUGGCCAAGUGCUCACACUUCAUUAUUUACGAGAAAGGAAAGACCAAGAAAAAUUUUAUCGAGUUCAACAUGAAGCACAUCAAAGCUCUUGAAUAUUCAUGGCUUAUCAAAUGCAUUGAAAACUUUACUUUAUUUGACCCAUAGAUGACAUUAUAAUAGCUAUACUUCAUAAAAAAACUUAUCGAUUUUACUUUGAUCCCUUUUUCUCAUCUACAAUCAUUUGAGCUUGUGUCAGUACCUGUCGAGCUGCAUUGUUAAUGUGUUGGAAUCUUGCUGGACCCAGAUGCACCCCUCCAAACCACCGUGUCACGACCACUAACACAUUAGUGACAUUCAAAAUCUGAAAAAUAUCAAUAUACAAUUUUCCUUGAUAGUAAGUAUUAAAUUAAACCUCUAGCAAGUGUAACAUUCUGCUCCCAGCAUGAGUUUCUCCAUCGUCAUCACAAUCACUGCUGACGUUCCCAGAUUCCUUUUUAAUGCGGUAUGCAUACAUGUUGUGCGUGGCAUUUGCGACCUUUUUAAUUUCAAGAAGCGUUUGUAAGGCUUCUCUACGAGGCACAGUGACAUGUUAAUUUGUUAUGAUUUUAAUUGUAUAUUUAUUACUUAACGUCAUCCGUGGAUUUGACGAUUGCCAGAUGGCCUUGAAAAGUACACUUGCCAGCUUGCAAAGGCUCUCCAUGCACUAGGGGAUAUUGGGAAUGAAGUUCGCUCUUAUUUUCAUGAGUCGCCUGAAUUGGAUUCUCUUCAGUGUUGCACGACUCGGAGUCAUUAAAUGACUGAAGUACCUCUCGCAGCUUUUCAACCCACUGAUAAAUCACUGGUUCUCCAAUAUUUUCU